AUGCCGUCCUCGGCCCCCCUCAUCCGCUCCAAGGUCAAUAAAGCCCAUGGCCACAAAACCGACAUCCCCAUCAGCUACGACAUCAACAUCCCCUAUGUCGACGUCGACAAGCUGUCCCAAAUCAACACCCCAUACCCGCAGUAUCUGCCCACCUGGGACCCGAUCUGGUUCGACCCACUGCCACACUUCGACUACGCCGAUCCCGCCCUGCGGGUGAAAGACCCCGCCAUGCGCAACCUGCUCACCCCCCACGCCAAAGUCACCCAUAUCCAGCCCAGCAUCGGCAGCGUCGUCGAGGGCGUGCAGCUGCACACCCUCUCCGACGCCGCCAAGGACGAACUCGCCCUGCUCAUCUCCCAGCGCAAAGUCCUCGCCUUCCCCGACCAGGACCUCAUCGACGCCGGCCCCGACGAGCAGGAGCGCUUUAUGCGCUACUUCGGCAAACCGAACUACCAGCCUGUCUCCGGCACCGUGCGCAAUCACCCGGCCUUCCACGUUAUCCACCGCGACGGCAAUCGCGACGAAAUCGCCCGCUUCCUCGAGCAGCGCACCACCACCACCCUCUGGCACCAGGACGUCAGCUACGAGAUCCAGCCGCCCGGCUAUGUCAUGCUGGGCCUGCUGCAGGGCCCCGAGGUCGGCGGCGACACCGUCUUCGCCGCCACCGACAUGGCCUACAAGCGGCUGUCGCCCACGCUGCGCGCCUUCCUCGACACGCUGAAGUGCGUGCACUCCUCGGCCAAGAUGAUCGCGCAUACCCGCUUGAUGGGCGGCCUGGUGCGCAAGGAUCCCGUGGACUCGGUGCACCCGCUGGUGCGCGUGCACCCGGUCACGGGCGAAAAGUGCCUGUUCCUCAACGCCGAGUUUAUCACCCGCAUCCAGGGCAUGAAGGAGCCGGAAGUAAAGUGGAUGCUGGAUUUCCUGAUGAAUCAUAUCGUGACGGGACAUGAUUUCCAGGCCCGCGUGCGCUGGCAGCCGCGGACGAUUGUCAUGUUUGAUAACCGGUCGACGACUCAUUCCGCCAUUGUGGACUAUCUCGACGAAGAAUACGGCGCCAAGGCCCGGCAUAUCUUCCGGCUGAUCGCGCUGGGCGAGAAGCCCAUUCCCGUGUACGACGAAUUCGAGUAA